AUGGCGCAGACCUUCGCGGAUGAUCAGAAGAUUGACGAGCUGGUUGCGAAAAUCCCCGCAGGCUGGUUUUCCUUCGAGUACUUCCCGCCGAAGACGCCGGAAGGCGUCGAGAACCUGCGCAAGCGGAUCGUGAAAAUGAAGGCCCUGGGCCCUCUCUUCACGGACUUUACCUGGGGGGCCGGCGGCUCCACGUCGGAGCUCACCCUGAAGCUGACCUCCGCUGCCAAGAACGAGUUCGGCUGCGUGGCCAACAUGCACCUGACCUGCACGAACCAGAGCUCCGAGAUGACCGAGAAUGCCCUGAAGGACUGCAAGAAGCUGGGUGUCAGGAAUAUUGUGGCUCUGAGAGGUGACCCCCCUCGAGGCCAGGAGAAGUGGACAGCGACCGAGGGCGGCUUCAGCAGUGCGCUGGAUCUGGUCAAGUUCAUCAAGAAGAACUUCGGAGACUACUUCUCCAUCUCUGUGGCAGGCUAUCCGGAGGGGCACCCGGACAACAUCGACACCAUUGAGGGCGGGGUGGCCGCCCUCACUGAGUCUGAGAAGCGCAGGGCUCGAGUGGUGAAGGACGCCUCCGGCAAGGAGGUUGUGACCGUCUGCCGUGAUGCCAACUUCCACAAGGAGAUGGUGUACCUGAAGGAGAAGGUCGACGCUGGCGCACGCUUCGUCAUCACCCAGAUGUUCUUGGAUGCCCAGGUGUUCCUGGAGUUUGUCAAGGAGUGCCGCAAGUACGACAUCAACGUGCCGAUUGUUCCAGGCAUCAUGUGCCUGAAUGGCUUGGGUGGGCUGAAGCGCAUGACCGAGCUCUGCAAGACACGCGUGCCAGAGGGUCUCAUGGAGCGUGCUGAGAAGGCCAACACGUCCGACGAGGCUUUCAAGGAGUUCGGCAUCCAGGAGGGCGUGGCCAUGUGCAAGGCCCUCUUGGACGGAGGGGCGCCCGGCCUGCACUUCUACACCCUGAACUUGGAGAAGGUGGUCGUUGGCAUCUUGAAGGGCCUGGGGAAGAUCAGCGAUGCGCAGGCGGCGGCUUUCCAGGCGGUCGAGGCCGAUGCCAAGUUCAUGGUGUCUGCCCAGGGCAUCACCACGGGGACCAAGGCUGCGAGUCGCCCAGCCCUCCCAGGCAACCGGCCUCUGUCGGAGGCGGACCCUGUGAUGCAUGAUCUGGUUCAGCAGGAGAAGGCCCGGCAGACGCGAUGCAUCGAGCUGAUCGCUUCCGAGAACUUCACCUCGCGGGCGGUGAUGGAGUGCCUGGGAUCCGCAUUGACGAACAAGUACUCGGAGGGCCAGCCGGGAAAUCGCUACUAUGGCGGCAACGAGGUCAUCGACAAGGUGGAGAACCUUUGCAAGGAUCGUGCUCUGAAGGCCUUCAGCCUUGACGAGAAGGCUUGGGGUGUCAACGUCCAACCUUACUCGGGAAGCCCGGCAAACUUCGCGGUCUACACCGCGUUGCUGCCCCCACAUUCCCGCGUCAUGGGCCUGGAUUUGCCAAGCGGCGGACAUCUGACGCACGGCUACUACACAGCCCGCAAGAAGAUCUCCGCAACCUCCAUCUACUUCGAGUCUUUGCCAUACAGGGUCCACCCAGAAACCGGACUUAUCGACUUCGAUGAGCUCCGCAAGACCGCCCUGGUCUUCCGACCGGCCAUGAUUCUUUGCGGAGCCUCCGCAUAUCCGCGGGUUAUCGACUUCGCCAAGUUCCGUGAAAUCGCGGACGAAGUUGGGGCGAUCCUUAUGGCAGACAUCGCCCACAUCUCCGGCUUGGUCGCCACCGGAGAGCACCCGUCUCCCUUUGAGCACUGCGACGUCGUGACCACCACCACCCACAAGUCCUUGCGCGGGCCCCGCGCAGGUAUGAUCUUCUUCAAGUACACGGAGAAGAUCCCCGACAUCAAGGAGCGUAUCGACAUGGCGGUCUUCCCAGCCCUGCAAGGUGGGCCCCACAACCACCAGAUCGGCGGCCUGGCUGCGCAGCUGCUGGAGGUCGACACGCCCAUGUUCAAGGACUACGCCAAGCAGGUCAAGGCCAAUGCCAAGGCCCUGGCAGACACCCUUAUGGGCAAGGGCCACAAGCUGGCCAGCGACGGCACAGACAACCACCUCCUGCUUUGGGACCUGCGCCCGCAUGGCUUGACGGGGUCCAAGGUCGAGAAGAUCUGCGAGGCGGCCUCCAUCACGCUGAAUCGCAACGCCGUGCACGGCGACGCCUCCGCCCUCUCCCCCGGGGGUGUCCGUGUCGGCACCCCGGCCAUGACCACCCGGGGCUGCACGGAGCAGGACUUCAAGAAGAUCGGGGAGUUCCUCGAUCGCUGCUGCCAGAUCGCCCUGAAAAUCCAAGCUGAGAAGGGCAAGAAGCUCAAGGACUUCGAGGCUGCGAUCCCGAGCAAUUCCGAUGUGGGAAAUCGCAUGUCUGGUGUAAUCAUGGACGACAAGGCCAUCCGAUGUGCCAUGCAAGAAGCAGGCUUUGCAAGGGUGGAGGUCGAAAGUGCAGUCACAGCUGGCUUCGAGAAGCGCAAUCUGUCCCGACAGGGCGCCAUAGGAGGUCAGUCUGCCUCUGCUGGGAUCUUCUCGGCUCGGAGCCUUGCAGACAGGAUCAGCAGCACGAACUUCUUCACGGCAUCCCCCAUGGGCGUUCGUGAUGGCGUGGACUACAUGUACGCCGGGGUGAUCCGCUCGGUCAAUGUCGAGCUGCUGCGGCGCCAGCUCCAGGACGGGGCCAUCGUUUCGAUGACUUCACUCGGCUCCAGCCCGGGGGGCGAGGUCUUCUAUGUCUCGUCCGAAGAGCUAGCGGCCAAAGUGGCCAGCAGACUGCAAGCCAUUAAGCUCGUCUACAUAACCAGGGGACAAUGCCUUGUGGACAAGCGGCAAUCCCGCAUCCUGGCAGGCCGUGUUUGA